AAAUGCCAAUUUGGUUAAUUCACCGCUUAAAUAUCAAUACAUACUUUAUAUUCCCCUUUCAUCUUGUUGAAUACUGUUAGACAAGAUGAAUAUUAUUGAUGGUGGCUGUUUCAUGGCACUGACGGAUUCGUUAGUUGCUGUUGAUGUGCGUGCGUUGGAGGAGUUUACUCGUUUAGAUAUGCUGGAUAGAUGUAACAAACUUGAAGAAUCUUCAAAGGUGGAUGCUUGUGUUAUUGAACGGAUCAAGUCAGGUUUAUGGUAUGUCUAUGCUUUGACAGAAUCAUCUGGGUGUGACAUUGAUGAAAAUCGUAUAGCUAUGCUUUUCUGUAUUUCUGCAAACAAUAUAGAUCCAGCAUUUGCAUCUAGUGACUAUCUUCUUAGCUUACCAUGGAAGGAUAUGACACCAAGUUCGCCCAAAUGGGUUUCCGACGAUAUACACGUUCAGUGUGGAACAGUAGGAUUGCUGUGUAUGGAAAGCGUACGCCGAUGUGCGAAACAUUAUGGUCUAACUCCGGAUAGUUCAGAACCGUUUUCUCAAUUUAUUCGUGGGUGGGCAAAUACGAUGUGCCAGAUUACUACCACAUCUACUAAGAUAGGACUUUCUAAUCUACCUGGUGGCCCUAUAGGUGUCAUCUCAUCGGUUGGUAUCUGUGACACCGGGAGGUACAACUGUAAGAUCACCCACGACGAUUACACCGGCGAGGUAUCGGGCAUUAAAAUGAUGUUCCCAUCACAAAACUGAAACAUUGCACAUCAUAUCCUGGAAGUUAUCUGGGAGUCUAUAUAAUUCAGAUGACAAAAUAUAAUUGAAUGGUAUUCCGUUGGAGUCUAAAUCCUACAUUAGUUUGCACCGGAGGAAUAAAAGUAGUCAAGCUGGUACAUGUAUACCAUCCAUCCAAUACAGUUAUAUCUCGUCUAAAUGAAGCAACUAACGUACACUGAUCUCACUAAUUGCCACUUGUGGAGCGUUAGUGAGUACUCACGGAGCUAUUUGACGCCAGAAACAUGGCUAUAUAUCUAAUAAUACAUCCAA